AUGUCUCUCGUAUCUUCUCGAUUAGUCUCCUUGGCUUUGUUCAAAAAGUACAAAACCGGGACGACGACGACGACGACGACGAAUUUGCCAAUCGUCAGAGCGGAGAGUAGUAGCAGUAGUAGUAGUAGUUAUUAUUCUUCUUCUCAAAAGUCAGGGUGGUCUUCUUCGACCAUCCGAUGCGAGAAGAUUACGAACGCUAUCGAUGUGUUCACGUUUGAAGCAGACAACAAAGAUAAAAGAAGAAACAAAGACGUGAUCGUAAUAUUCGCGUGGUUUGGAAGCGAUAAAAAGCACGUGAGAAAGUACGCGCAAAUGUACGAGAACAGACGAAUGGGCGAGAAAGUCAUCGUGGUCGCACCGCCGGCGUUGGCAUCCUUGUCGCCGAAUAUGACGACACAAAUUGCAAACGACUUCCUGACAGGAUUUUUCGAGGAAGAAGCGAUAGAGGGAGUGCACGUGCACUCGUUCUCCAACGGGGGUUUUUUGUUCGCCGGGAACUUGUUCCAUCACGCCAGCGAUGUGAAGAAGAGAGAGGAUGAUUGUUCUGUGAAUGCACAGUUGGCGAAGAAAUUCAAGAUGAAGAUCAAAUCGGUGACUUUAGAUUGCGCGCCGGCGAAGUUGAGCGCGGAGGUGAUUUCGCGAGCGUUCGCAUCGGUAUUGUUAGGGAGUAGGGUGGAAGAUAUAUACGAUAACAAUACUUCAAAAGAAGGAGAGAGUAGUAUCAUCGGUGGUUUGAUGAAAUCUGCUUUGGAUAACUUGGCGAACACGUUGUUAUCAGAUGAGAACUUGCAAAGAAAAAUAAACAACGCGUAUGCCGCAUGGGAGACCGCUUUAGAUGUCAACAUUCCGCUGAAGAUGCUCUUUUCCGAGAGCGAUAAGUUGGUUCCCGUGAAUGAAGUGCAAGAGUUUGCGCAACGACAAAGGGACAGAGGGAACGCCGCCGUUUAUACGAAAUCUUGGGAGAACGUGCCACACUGUGAGAUUGGACGUUGGCAUCAGGAUGAAUACGUAAGAGCGUUGUUUGAGGAGAAGUAG